AAGUGUCCAAACACAGAGAAAAACUCCUGCUGAAGCGACUGAUCUCCACACUGUUAUAAAGAUGGCGUUUAUUAAAGAGGAGAGUGAAGAUGUGAAGAUUGAAGAAACAUUCAGAGUCAAACAGGAAGAUCUGCAGGAACAAACAGACCUAAUUGAAGAGAAUGAGGGGAGUAAAGUGGAGGAACAUCAUGUCAAAACUGAGGAAAAAACUCAUUUACAGACUGAUGGUAUUUUGAAAAGGAGAGACAAGAAUCGUUUCACCUGCACUCAGUGUGGAAAGAGUUUUGGAAGAAAAGACACUCUUAAAAUUCACAUGAUGAUCCACACUGGAGAGAGACCAUUCACAUGCACUCAGUGUGGGAAGAAUUUCAGCCAAUCAUCAUCCCUUAAUCUACACAUGAUGAACCACACUGGAGAGAAACCAUUCACAUGUCUUCAAUGUGGAAAGAGUUUCAGCCAAUCAUCAUCCCUUAUUCUACACAUGAGGAUCCACACUGGAGAGAAACCAUUCACAUGCACUCAGUGUGGGAAGAGUUUCAACUGCUCAUCACACCUUAAUCUACACAUGAGGAUCCACAAUAGAGAGAAACCAUUCACAUGCGCUCAGUGUAGAAAGAGUUUCAGCCAAUCAUCAAACUUUCAUCAACACAUGAGGAUCCACACUGGAGAGAAACCAUUCACAUGCACUCAGUGUGGGAAGAGUUUUAACAGCUCAUCACACCUUAAUCAACACAUGAGGAUCCACACUGGAGAGAAACCAUUCACAUGCACUCAUUGUGGGAAGAGUUUCAACCAAUCAUCAUCUCUUUAUCUACACAUGAGGAUCCACACUGGAGAGAAACCAUUCACAUGCACUCAGUGUGGGAAGAGUUUCAUCCGCUCAUCAUCCCUUAAUCAACACAUGUGGAUCCACACUGGAGAGAAACCAUUCACAUGCACUCAGUGUGGGAAGAGUUUCAUCCGCUCAUCAUCCCUUAAUCAACACAUGUGGAUCCACACUGGAGAGAAACCAUUCACAUGCACUCAGUGUGGGAAGAGUUUCAGCCAAUCAACACACCUUGAUGAACACAAGAAGAUCCACACAGGAGAGAAACCAUUCACAUGCACUCAGUGUGGGAAGAGUUUUAACAGCUCAUCAAACCUUAAUUUACACAUGAAGAUCCACACUGGAGAGAAACCAUUCACAUGCACUCAGUGUGGGAAGAGUUUCAACCGCUCAUCAAACCUUAAUCUACACAUGAGGAUCCACACUGGAGAGAAACCAUUCACAUGCACUCAGUGUGGGAAGAGUUUCAGCCGAUCAUCAUCCCUUAAUUUACACAUGAAGAUCCACACUGGAGAGAAACCAUUCACUUGCACUCAGUGUGGGAAGAGUUUCAGCCGAUCAUCAUCCCUUAAUCUACACAUGAAGAUCCACACUGGAGAGAAACCAUUCUCUUGCACUUAAGCCGCGGUCACACUGGACUUUUCUCCCCGUAGACUUCCAUUCAUACGCAUGCGAAUACAUCAGACCGGAAACCUAGUUUGUGCAUCAAAUUUCGGAGUUCACUGCCUUGCAAAGUUCAAGCUUGGUGAACUGUGACCUGGGAAAUCGCAUCACUUGACUGUUUGAGACCAAUCGAAGAUCAAAACAUGACCUCUCUGUAUGGAAAUGUAAAAUAUGGACCAAUCGCUCACUUUUUUUAAUGUCUAAUCAUCCUGUUUAAUCCCGCCCCUUUUCGCAGCGCCAUACAGCAGAAUUUCGCAUGCUCAAACUCUAGUUUCGUUUUGGGAUGAGUUUCAGCAAAUCCUCAGACCUUCAUAAACUCAUAAAGACCCACACUGGAGAGAAACCGUUCACAUUCAUUUAGUGCGGGAAGAGUUUCAACUGAUCAGCAAUCCUUAAUGAACACAUGAAGAUCCACACUGGUGUGAAAGAGUAUAUGUGCUUGAGUGUGAGAGGACUUUUAUUACAGCUCUAAAAUUGAAACUGCACCAGACAAUUCACACUGGAGAGACCGUACAAGUGUUCACACUGUGACAAGAGGUUUAAUCAUUGAACACAUCUGAAAACAGAGGAGGAUUCACACUGGAGAGAAACUGUACAGAUCAAUGUCUACAGAGUUUCGCUCAUUUGGCGCAGCUUAAGAAACACAUGGACAAAAAGUUGCACACAUGAUAUGAAUGCAGCAAAACAAUGAAUGAAUUGGCAGCGUCAGCUUGCACACCUGAUGCUUGUCAGAAUCAGAAAGAGCUUUAUUGCCAGGUAUGUUCACACAUACGAGGAAUUUGUUUUCGUGAGAGAGCUUCUACAGUGCAACAGGAUAACAGAGACAGGACAAAAAACAGAUAAUAAAUAUAUUUUAAAAAAUUAGAAGUAAAUAGGGAGUGCAAAUAUACAAAUUGUUGCAAUCAAUUUGGCAAUAAAAUCACAGCGAAAGCAAGAUGAGGCAUCCUUUUCG